AUGCUUAAAGAGGUCGAACUAUUCAACCAGUACGAACGUGUUACCUUCCACCAUCGUAUUGUUUCCAUUUCAGCCUCCCUUGGUUUAUCUGCCUCGUGCGCAUCACUGAUGCUAUCCAUGGAACCGUGGUUGCCAAUCGCCAUUCCAGUUUUUCUCGGUUUGGUUUUACGUUCUGGCGUUCUUUUGCAUCCCUACUCUGGACAGUCAAAACCACCACUGUAUGGAGACUAUGAAGCCCAAAGACACUGGAUGGAGGUAACCACUAAUCUUCCAAUCCGCGAUUGGUACACCAAUUCUACUGACAACGAUUUACAGUAUUGGGGUCUGGAUUAUCCCCCUCUUACAGCAUACCACAGUUGGCUUAUGGGGAAGAUUUCCGCUUGUUUCGACCCAGCUUGGACGAAACUUUAUUCCAGCCGCGGGAUCGAAUCUUACGAUCAUAAAGUGUUUAUGCGCUACACAGUCCUACUGGCCGAUUUGGUGAUUUUUGUUCCCGCCGUGUUAUACUUUUUCUAUCGGGCUCUACGCUCUAUCUAUUCCUAUCCCUGCAUCUCUCCUUUCUACUCUUGCUGUCUUAUGCUGAUCUACCCUGGUCUCAUUCUAAUUGAUCACGGACAUUUUCAGUACAAUUGUGUCAGUCUGGGAUUGUUUAUAGCCGCGGUAUCUUUUUUCCUUCGCGAUUGUGAUAUUUUGGGUACAAUACUUUUUUGUUUAUCCAUUUGUUAUAAACAAACAGAGCUUUAUCAUUCACUGCCGCUCUUUUUCUAUUUACUCGGAAAGUGCUCCCACUGCCCAUUCCGAGCGGGUUUAUCGAAGCUUGUAGGCCUCUCAUUUGCCGUUGUUUCGACCUUAUGUUUCGUCUUUUCCCCUUACCUCACGGAUCUAACUUCACUUUACCAAGUUAUUCGUCGUAUCUUCCCCCUGGAUCGUGGUCUAUUUGAAGACAAGGUUGCAAAUUUUUGGUGUUCCACUUCUCCGUUUUUCAAAUGGCGUCUUCUCGGCACUCAGAAUGAAUUGAUCUCUCUAUGCUCCUUCGUUGUGCUGCUCACAUGUUUACCAUCUUGUGUUUCUCUCUUGUGCGCUCCGCGUAAAAAGAAGCUUCUGUUCGCUCUGGCCGCUUCUUCCAUGAACUUUUUCUUAUUUUCAUACCAGGUGCACGAAAAGUCGAUCUUACCGGUGGCCAUUUCGGCUUUAUGUCUAAUUCCUCUGUCCCCAGUGUCUUCGUUCUUGUUCACGCUGACCUCCACUCUCAGCAUGUGGCCUCUGUUCCUCAAAGACGGACUAGCGCCUGUCUGUUUCUGCACAAUCGUAAUGUACACUACUUUCUGUUAUUCUAUCCUCUUACACCGGCCCCAAAAGACAUUGGGAUUCAGCUAUCCAGGUCUGUUGCUUGCAUUUGUACUUGGUAGUUUUGGCUUGUUGUUCUUGACUGAGACAUUCGUAUCCCCGCCAGCAGCCUACCCGGAUUUGAUGCCACUGGCUGUCUCUGUGCUUUCUUUUGUACAGUUUGUCGUUUUCGGACUAUUUUGGAAUUGGAAAGUUUUUGUGGUAGUCGAUUAAAGCUUCCUCUUAAAGUUACUCCUGUUUUGCCUCGCCAUGACUUGGUCUCCACAUCUCGCUUUUACAUGCUCUUUUUGCCUAUGAAGUGCCACUUUGACUUUCACUAACCUGUUUGGAUAUGCUUUUCGUGUGACAACUAAUGCACACGUUCGCUGUGAUCUCAUUUCAUUAUUCUUCAGUGGGUGUUUCCGUGGCAUAAACGCCUUGACUCUACCGCUCAUCUUCUGUUGUGUAUGAUUUUGCGUGACAGAUUAUCACUCAUUCGUCGGUCACUUCCAUUCAUCACCAUGUGUAUUUGUUUCUCGGCUAUCUACGUAUUACGAACUGUGUAGCUCACUCUCAGAGUAAACAUUCUAGACCCCUUCAUUCAUGGGUCUUAAAAGGUGUGGACUACGGGUCAUUGAGGUCUGCUACACAAACGAC